AUGGCAGAGGCAUACUCCCUGUCUUUCCACACUAUUGGGGCAGUCAAAAACACCGAGACGCAACUGGAGACUGGAUACUACUUGCAAAAAAUAAUUAUGAUCGUAUCUAUUCCAAUUUGCUCCUUGGGAUUAAUUGGGAAUAUAAUUGUCUUCUGGCUUCUUUGCUUCAAGAUCCAGAAAACUAAGUUCACGGUCUAUUUCCUGAACAUGGCACUUGCUGAUCUGACUGUACUCUGCUACUAUGUUAUAGCUUUUGUCUUAUUUUUAAAAGCAAUUCCAAUCAACUUGUUCUAUUUGCACAUCAUGGAGCUGGCGCAUGCAUUUGGAUUCAACGCUAGCACCUAUCUGCUAACAGCUAUCAGUGCUGAGAGGUACCUCAUGGUCUUUUCACCCGGCUGGUAUCAACUUCACCGGCCAAAGUACCUCUCAGAAAUUAUGUGUGCCGUUUUGUGGGGUUUGUCCUGCUUGAUGUCAUUGGUGUUAUAUUUUGCCUGCUAUCUACAAUUUGAUGCAACACUCAGUGAAGUGAAUCACAGUUGUGAGCCUACAAAAUUGUUCAGAGUGAUUGUCAACCUCCUGGUUUUUCUUCCCAUCAUGGUCUUUUCCACAUCGAUCCUCUUUAUCAGAAUGUUGAGAACACUACAGGAAACCCCUCCCGCAAAGCUCGACAUCACCAUUGUGGCCACCGUUCUUCUGUUUCUUCUUUUUGCUGCUUCGGUGAGGAUUAUUGAGAUCAUAGCCCGCUGGGUCCCACAAGUACAUAUACCAGUUGUCUUUCUGAUUUUUCAUUUUCUUGAUGCUAUCGACAGCUCUGGGACCCCUUUUAUAUAUUUCAUUGUUGGCUAUUCGAAAACAGCUUUGGUCGGCAAUCAGCCCAUCAAAACAUUUCUGGAGAGAGCUUUGUUGGAUGAAGGAAAUGAGGGAGAGCAGGUAACGUGGGCCCCAGGAACAAAAUGA